AUGGAGUUUGGUUUCUUGACAAGCUUGCUCAGUUUCCUGCUUUUAUGCAGAGUUGCUAAGUCAGCCACUUUUCCAGAUGGAGUUCAUCACACAGAGUGUUAUGAUCGUUACUUCAUGAUAGCUGUGGAUCACUCCUUUACUGGACAGCACUUUUACUUUGAGGCUGUUGAUGGCACAGAUAUUUACCCCAUCACUGAGCAGUAUGCAGCGCUGUGUGGCUACAUGGUCACUUUCCUCCCUGCAGCAGGCCGUGUGGAGCUGCGAGCCUCUUACUUCAGCUGCCACACCAACAAUGACAAUGACCAAAUCUUUUCUUUCAAAUUCAACCUGAUUGUUAAAAAUGGUGAAGAUUCUCUAUAUGCUCUGAAUGAGACUUGCUCACCCUCGCUCCCAUGGUCUCCCAGAGAGGUCACUUGUGAAGUCAACUACCUUGAGGUUUCUGUUCAAAGUGAUGUGACAUGUCCCUUUGCUCCAAAGCCAAAUGGCUGGGACCCCUCUCUAGAGAUGGUGUACAGAUCUGCUGCUCCAGGAUGGCAGGUUGCUUUUAUAACUGAGGGCAAGGCGAUGACGCCCAUGACUCUCAAUGACGCUCGUUUGAACGGCUACAUUUUUAAUAUGACUGAAAACAGACUAGUGAUGAGAGCCCCUUAUGGACUGUCUCACUCAUUCAGCACUAUGAGCGACGGCAUCUCUUUGGAAGUGGUCCAUGCUGUCCUGUUCUCCAGAAACGAUUGGCUGGUGUUUCUUGUUGACCUUGUCGCUGCCUGCACAAAGAAUGACGUUCUGAAUGACUACAAUGGGUACAUUAUUUCGGAAACUCCAACAGCACUUUACCCUGGUCUUCAAAUGACCAACUUCAGCUUUGGACUCAAUGGGGAACUGUGGGAGUCUAGUAUGACAGCAGAGAUGGGCUACGCUCUAAACGUCACCGACAGCAGAGUCAAAAUUGGAAUUCCCUUUAAUGCUGAAGGAACUUACAGGAGGAGCGUGGUGCUUGAUGACCUAUAUGAUCUGUACACCUGCCACUUUGCCCUGGAACAAAUGUCUGCACUCGACGGCGGCUUGGAAACGAGAGUCCGCACUCUCAGAAUGCUGUCCUCGCCUCUGAUCAAAAGGUCACUCUUCACAGAAAACCGCACUGUCCCGGCUGAACAAAUGUUUACCGUGUACCUCGGCAAUGUCCCUGACGAUGUAGAGUUGGCUUCAAUAAAACUUGCUGACCGAGAGUUUAAAGCUCCUUUUGUAAACUCCAGUCUCUACACUCUGGUUAUUGAUUCUCAAGACAAUGCACAAGCCUGGACUUUGAAAGUUCCCUUUGCCAGCCCGUUCGUCUCUAAAAGGUUCUCUAUAGAAAACGAAGCCACUGAGAACAAGCUUGACAUUAUGUUUACUGUAAUGGUCAGGCUUCAGCAGGAGCUUUAUUCUUAUCAUACAACAGUCACAGCAUUCACAAGUGUUGCACCACCGGAGUUUGACACUAUAUGUUCAGAGAGUGGCAUAAUCUUCAAACUGGACCAUAAGCCGUCAGACUUCCUAUGGGCCUUCACAGUGGGCUUGGACAUGUUGACUCCAGAACUCGCUGCGAAACGAGGAUAUGUCCUGAACAAUGACCCUAAGAUGCUGCAACUCGACGUGCCUUUGUUCACCCAGGGAUACGUUUAUGAGAAUAUAACUCUGAAAGGCUUCUCGGGCACAUUUGAGAUUCUUGUGCGGGAUCAUAACACAUUUAAUCUAAAGGCUUCAUCUGUGAAGACUUGUCAGUUUACAGCUAAAGAAGUUGUUGCAUGUUCAAGGGAUGGAAGAAUGACUGUGAAGGUGGACCUAACCCUGGCGACACAAAAUGGAGGAACCCCAAAUACAACUACACUUGUAGAAGAGACAUGUGGCCCUAAAGAAGCUGACUCAACUGGGGCUCUCUUUUCAUUCCCACUUAACAGCUGUCUCACAAGAGUAAAGCUCAUUCAAGAUUAUCUGACUUAUGAAAAUGAGAUCUUCUUGAGCCUGAACUCUACAACAAUAUCCAGCAGUAUUCUAGUCCAGUGUCGCUAUCAUCUGGCUGGACUUCACCUGCUCUUCUCAAGAUACAAAUUUGAGUCUGACACUCCAGGCAUUGGGAAUAUAGUGCAUCCCUACACACCUGGACUGCCAGUGACGGCAACAAAUCCCACCACAAGACCUCCAAGGCCUACUAAAAGGUCCCGUGGGCUAACUCGUGCCUCAAAGUCGAAUGGGAACCACCUGGGCUACAAGAAUCCACUCAACUACAUGAGUCUGACAAAGCGUUAUAACAACUUUCAAGAGCGCAUCUAA